GCUACCGGCUGGCGUGCAGUUGUCAGUUGUGUUCCAGCACAGGAGAAGCUCCGCUCUUCCUCGCUCGCAAUGGCCCGUACCAAACAGACCGCCCGUAAGUCCACCGGUGGCAAGGCGCCCCGCAAGCAGCUGGCCACCAAGGCUGCCCGCAAGAGCGCCCCGGCCACUGGCGGCGUGAAGAAACCUCACCGCUACCGCCCUGGCACCGUGGCUCUUCGGGAGAUCCGGCGCUACCAGAAGUCGACGGAGCUGCUGAUCCGCAAGCUGCCGUUCCAGCGCCUGGUGCGGGAGAUCGCUCAGGACUUCAAGACGGACCUGCGCUUCCAGAGCUCGGCCGUCAUGGCUCUGCAGGAGGCUAGCGAGGCAUACUUGGUGGGGCUGUUCGAAGACACGAACCUGUGCGCCAUCCACGCCAAGAGAGUGACCAUCAUGCCCAAGGACAUUCAGCUGGCCCGCCGCAUCCGCGGUGAGAGGGCGUAAGGCGCUGCUUUCCCCUCGUGGAAGGUCCACACCCCAAAGGCUCUUUUCAGAGCCACCCACGUUCUCACGAGAGUAGCUGUGACCGCCCCGAUUUCCCUUUGC